AUAUCCCCCCGAUUUAUUGGUUUUUGCUAGCCUUUUGUUCACAAUUUCACCUCAUGCAUAUAGAUUCCUGAGAAGUUCGAUGAAGCUUAAGAUGCCGCAUCCUGAUACGAUCAGAAGACUGUGUUCAUCGUACGAUGUACGCCCUGAAACGGAGCAGCAAGAAUGUAGCUUUCUUUCCUAUGCAAAGCGUAUUGUAAGCACAUAUAAAGAGCAUGAAAAGACUGUAACGUUAAUGAUUGAUGAGAUUCACCUUCAAUCAUUUUUUGAUUACAAGGCUGGGUUGGUUACUGGUGCUGCGGUAAAUUCAUCGACUGCAGCAAAAACUGCCCACGUAUUUAUGAUACAGAGCCUGCUUUCUUCAAACAAGGAUGUUGUACACAUCCUUCCUGUGGCACAAAUCGAUGCUAAGGCGCUGCACGACUUCCUUCGGAAGAUUGUUCUUGAUCUAGAGGCAUCUGGUUUUCGAAUAAUCGCAGUGAUCUCGGACAAUAACUCCAUAAACAGAAAAGCCAUGUCCUACUUCGCUAAGCCGGCAAGUGUCAGCAUUGUUUACCAGCAUCCUGCUGGCCCAUCACGACCCCUGUUUUUUGUGGUGGACCCAGUUCACAUACUAAAGUGUAUAAGAAAUAACUGGCUGAAUCAAAGAAACAUUGGCAAAUGCAUGUACUUUCCUGAACCGAAGAGUGAUGAGGCUGAACCAAAGAUACUUACAGCAUCUUUCAAGGUAUUAUGCCAGCUGCACGAAGCUGAAAAGCAUGAGCUCUUGAAGCUAGCACCAACGCUCACUUUGAAGGCACUGAACCCCUCAAACAUGGAACGGCAGAAUGUUAAACUGGCCCUAAAGAUUUUUAACUCAUCUACUGUUGCUGCUCUCAGUUCUUGCGGUCUACGCCUAUCUCUGCAUUAUUUUCUCUCUCUCUUGACUUGGUGGAACAUUGUUAACGUCAAGACGCCAAGAAAAGGACAGCGGUUGCGAGAUCAAUUGCAAGGUCCAAUAGUUUCAUCGUCAUGUCCUCAACUAGAAUUCUUAGAGAGAAUAGUUCAAUGGCUUGAUUACUGGAGAAGCCUCGAACAUGACAAUGGCCGCUUGACACGUGAAACGCACAUAGCUUUCAGCCACACUACCCAUGCCUUGCACGAACUUGCCAUAUACUGUCUCAAAGAGCUUCAUUUCGAGUAUGUUCUUUUGGGCAAAUUUCAAACUGAUAGCUUAGAGGAUCGCUUUGGAAAGUACCGGCAUUUGUGUGGUGCCAAUUACCACGUGUCUAUAAGGCAGAUAUAUGAAUCUGAAAACAAAUUGCGAUUGCAGAAGGUUCUGGACCUGCCAGAUUUGGACAUUCUACUGCCACCGAGCGCGAACGCGUUGGAGUCAAGUGUACAUUCAGGAAACGGCCAGUUUCAAGUUACUGUGACCGACUCCGACAUUGAGAAAAAAACGUCAAGGCUACCGGCACUAACCUAUGUUGCCGGCUAUUGUGCCCAUGCAGCUCUAAAAAAGCUGACAUGCGCAUCUUGCAGUGAAAGCCUUGUGAUGCAAGACGUCGAUCUAGAUGACCCUGAGAAUGCAUUAAUCACGAAGAUGACAAGGGGUGGCCUGAAGCUCCCACGAGCUCUUCUAGUUAAUGCUGUACUCUUUACUGAAAUUAUAUUGGACAAGCUCAGGACACCAGAAUAUGCCGUACGAUUUUUCAGCCUUCCUAGGCAGAAAGAUACUCUUGUCGGCCUUGUGUUCGCUACCCUUCAUGACUUUGAGGAUGUCGAUGUGUGUGAUUUCGGUCAUCCUGCGCAGGAGGUAAUGGGGCAUGUUGUAAGUGCUGCAGCGAAUACACUGCUGAACAACUUGUGCCGCACAGAAAACGACAAAUUACGCAACGCCAAGAAGGACCGAAAAUUGCAGACCUUGAAGGCUUGA